AUGCCUUCCUCAAAGCUCUUAAACAUUUUCCUCUUCUCUCUGAUCUUAGCUCUCCUUCCCCAAUCAUCCUUUGGAGCUGACCCUCUGGCCCAUUAUUGUUCAUCUUCUGAAAACUUCACAACCCAAAGCCCUUAUGAAUUAAAUUUGAAAACUGUCAUGACCUUACUCAUCUAUAAUACCCCUUCAACAGGUUUUGGGGUUGUUUCAAUGGGCCAAUCCCAAAGCCGAAAAGUAUAUGGGCUUGCUCUUUGCCGUGGUGACGUGUCAACCUCAGAAUGCAAAACUUGUGUCUCUGAUGCGACCAAAGAAAUCCGCAAUCGAUGCCCAUACAACAAAGGUGCCAUCAUAUGGUACGAUAAUUGCUUGUUCAAAUACUUAGACACUAAUUUCAUUGGCAACAUUGACAACACUGUUAAGCUCUAUAUGUGGAAUUGGAAAAACGCGACUGACCCUACAUCGUUUAACUCCAAAACUAGAGAAUUUUUGAGCCAGCUGGCCCAAAAAGCUUCUAUGAAUCCUAAAUUUUACGCAACUGGUGAGCAAAAGUUUAUGAAUUCUGAUGCCCUUUAUGGGUUGACUCAGUGCACUAGAGACCUUUCUAGCAUUGAUUGCAAGAAGUGUCUUGAUGAUGCAAUUAACGACCUUCCAAAUUGUUGUGAUGGGAAACAAGGAGGCAGAGUUUUGGAUGGAAGUUGCAACUUCCGAUAUGAGAUAUACCCCUUUGUCAAAGAUUAA